AUUUUUAUUUUCUUUUUUAAAUAAAAGAAUGCAAGUAGGCGUAACAUGACAGGGCCCUUUAAAAUGGCCCUUAAUAAUAAUGAUUUAAACUCGCUCUGUUUAUCCAGUACUAAAGCAACUAUUGUACGUUGUAUCCUAGAACUAGGAUUUACUAUUUAUCUUGAUUCAUUUGGUAUUUUUGGGGGAAGAGUCAUAAUUUAUGUAGAGGUAGACUAUGGUAAUUUAGUGUUAUUCCUGUGCAAAUUUUGGAAGCCCCUCCCCCCUAUUAUUUGGUGUCUUUUUUUUUUUCCUGGGCUCUCUCAUUCCAUAUCCCACAACUGUAGGCAAAAUACCUGACCCCACUCCUUCACCACCACCCCAACCUACACCCUGAUGACUAAAACAAGACACUUCAGUCUUAAAAUUUAACCACAGUUGUUAAAUAAGCAGACAUUAAACUAAAUACUUUUGUUUACUGAGAUUGAAAAACUUAAGCACCAUCUAGCUUUUCCAUUACAAGCAGCUCCCACUAGCUUAAACAAAAAUAAUAAGCACAUAGAGAUAUUGGUAAGAAGAGCAAAAGGCGCUGUCCUAAGUCCUUCCCUCUUUGCUUCUAUCGUUGCCUACAUGUGUUACCCUCCCUUUCCCCUCUCCUCAGCCUCCCAGUGACAAAUGGAGAUUCUCACAAAGGAGAGUGGAAAUUCCCAAAAACAGUGGUGGUUUUUAUGGAAACUUUUUUGAUUGCCUGGUAUUCUGUAUUUCUGUCUGGAUCAUGUGCUAAAUUUUCUUUUUGAUUCAUGUCUUAGACAAUUUGCUGUGCUAGAAGUUGCACGAGAAGAAGAAUUCUCGCCUCUUAAAAAUGGCAGGGGUUCACCAAUGGACAGCCCAGACACAGCCCAGCGAGACCUUUAUAAUUUACAUUAUAACUACAUACUCAGAGCUGGUGGCAAGUUUAUUGACGGCAGUAAUGAGUAAGUCCUGCCAUCGCUUUUCUCAUAGUCCUCAGUGUUGCUCCUGUUAUUUUGACGGUGGGGAAAGAACAUUUAGAUCAGCAGCGUCUUAUUGAAUGCAAUGAAGUACAAUGUCGUGCAAGUCACUUAAUUCAACUUGUCCUAGAAUGCUUGCAUUAACAGCAUUAAUGCAUAUUUUGUAUCUGAACAUGCCUUUUCUGUGUGCCAAAAACCCUCACUUUAAUUUACACUUUGAGACUUCUUGUCAGUUGUGGAAAUGAGUUUUUAAUCUUUUCUUGGGAAUAAGAUAAUUUUACUUUUGAUAUCAAGGGUUCACACUUACUCUUAGCUUGGGGCGAUGCAGAAGUGGCCUAGUUUAAUUAAUUUUUGGAAUUCGUCAUUUGUAGACUGUGUGGUAAUGUAGUUUGAAUGCAGCACCUGUGGUGACAAGAUUAUAAUAAUUAUACAAAUUAUCUUGUUAUUUACAAUUUUUGUAAAUAUUGGUAUGGGUAACUCCGACUCCGUCGCUAGUGAAAACCAGCCUUAAAUAUGUACAUAGCCGGUAAAAAUAAAAAAUAGAAAUAAAUGGAAGCAAGCCCUGGUUAUUAGUUUGGGUUUGGGUUUGUAUAGGUAAUAGCAUGAUUUGUAGUGAUAUUUGGCAUAAAUACCACUAGUGAUAUUUCAAAAUUGUUAUACGCAAUUUCACGAGCCUUUAGGCGAGUGAAAUUUGAGACAAUUUUGAAAUAUCACGCGUGGUAUUUAUGCCAAAUGUCACGUACAAAUCAUGCUAUUAUUUGUUUAUACUGCCACCCGCAAAAGGUUUGUAAUUUUCACAUGUAUGUAUUUCAAAUUAAGCUGAAAUACCACUGCUCUAAGCCAAUCAAAUUGCAGAAAUUUCUCAUGUAGUAGUAUAAUGCUCUAAACUGUUUGGGGGUGUAUUUGUAAUUGAGAGUAUAUAACUACCUUGUUAAUUUUACGAAGUUGUUAAUGCCUUUUAUGCUAUAUGCAAUGCAUACACUGUAUGUACUUUAAUCGCCAAGUUGGAUAGUCUUUUUUGACGUGUUUUCCUCUUUCUUUUUCUUUCAGGGAUGCAACUGUAGUUUGUGAAAUUUCUCCUCUUCUUUCAUAUGCUGGAGAGGUAAGCCCUUUUUGUGCCAUGCUCCCUUUUUUUUCCUUCAAGCAUUAAGUACCAAAAUUGACCAUAACAUUUACUAAAUUCAAGCUGGAAACAAUUUUGACUUCAAGAUGCACAAGAUUUUUUAAGCCAGAAGUUAUAUCUAUGGGGUUAGUCCAGCUUUCCCAUUCAAUUUUUCUGAUUUCAUUUAGUUAUAUAUCCAGCCAUUUACUUAUGUAUGUACGUCAUAGGGAACUUGAGUCUUUUCGAAAUUACAAGGGCUUCAGUAUUAUUUUCUCGAAAAUUUUAGAUGCAAUUUAACGUAUUACGAAAGUGAGAAAUGUCUAAUUCCUCUCUCCAUGACAUUUUGGAAUCCGAAAAUUUUAGGCUUCCUUUUUUCUACGAAAAAUAGCCUAACCUGGGGAGUGAAAUGUGAAAACUUAAACUUCCAAAAAUCGUAGGGAAUUUAUUAGGUGAACUUCAAAAAUUGUACAUGAAUAGAACGGUCACUGAAAAUGUUUAGCCGUCUUCAAGUUAUAGAAAAUCUUGAGCAAUAUUUGCUUCUCCGAACAGAUAUUUUACUAAAAACAUUUGUUGGGUGCCCUUGUUUAAGGAGCUCGAGGGUGUUUUGGCCUCGGCAGAUAACGUCCCUCCAAGAUCUGCAUAAUUCUUCAGAUCAUAUGAGGGCCAAAUCCGCCACUAAGCUGAAACGUUUCUAGACAAGUUCAGGAUAUAAAGGGAUGUUAAGUCUAACAGAUAUUCAGUUCGUGAAAAGUAGAUGUCAUCCGUCAAGUCGUGUUCUUGUGUUCUUGCUAUGUUUUUAGUCAAAAGUUUGGCUCUUUCUAAGGUAAUUUCUUCUUUGCGAAACAUGUGAAAUCCUCCGUCGUUUUCUACUGCUCUAUACCAAAACAAUCAAACCUCAUUCCCAGGGCUUCUUGGUAGCUGUCCAUUUUUUUCUGAUGAUCAGGAUGACCGAACAGAUACAAAUUUAAUUGCGCCACUUAGAAUGCAUUUCUAGAAAUCUAAAAGUACUCUGGGUAGCCUAAAAAGUGUUUUAAAUGUGUGUAGGAGGAAACCAUCGUUGGUGCCCCUGCUUGAAUUCCACAAUUCUUAGAUCAUCAUUCUAAGGCUUUUUCAAUAAUUGCUAAGUGUUGCAUGGUUAACUGCUGUCUUGCAGGGAUUAGAAGAUGUAGUCAGAGACAGACAAUUCUCAGUGAAAACUAAAGAGAUUUAUCUCAAAGCUGAAGAUGAAGAGGAUGAAAGAAAUGGUGAACUCCCAUGCAAAAAAGUCAGGGAAGGUUGAUUAUUUGGGUAGUUACCAGAGGAAAAUAAUAACAGUAACAAAAAUGGAAAUGAAUUUUAAAUUAUUUAGAUGUUUUUGAGAUAUUAUUGUAUUAUUCAAGGGGUUUCAAAAUAUUGAUUCUUUACACCAUUGUCGUUUGAUGAUGAGGUGUAUAUGUCGAAUUUUUCAAAAAAGGAAAUAUUUAGGUGUUUAUUAGACUGUUCCAGGCACAGUCCCUUAAUUUUUCGUAAGAUCUCCAGGAUGGAGCGCUUACCGGUCGGCAGCCAUCUUGGUUUCAUGUGCCGACUCCUCCCAAACCGACCUCCCCCUCCUAAGUAAAUUUUACGCUCAUCCCAAAGAUGGCCGCCCGUAACGCAAAGCGCUCGGUCUCGACGUAGCCUGCGUUGCAGACACUUUAAAACCUUCUGUACAGACAGACUAUACAAAUGGUCCAGACGAUGCGUGGGCGGACUGUGUGACAAAGGCUAUCUCGACGAUCUUACGGGAAAAGAGGGGACUGUGAACAUUCUAGAUGUUUAUACAAGUACUAUAUCGACUUUUAGCAACCAGAUUCAUGGUGUAACGCACAAUUUUCUAUUAUGAUUGAGGAUGUUAUUAGCUAGCUAUUGAACAUGCCAAUGGAAUGAUGAUUAUUCGUAGUAUUUCCAAGUGAAUGCCAAAUUUUAUGUUAUGGUUUACUCUUACCACUCCAAUUUGCUGAUUAUAAAAAUUACAUUUAAAACUAAAUUGCAUCAAAACUGCUAUUAUUGUGAUUGGAUAGUUUAAUUACUUGCUUACCUUUCAUCUCGAGCUCUUUAAACUGACUGCAAUGCAUGUACAGUUGUAUUCCAUGAAUUAAGGCUGUGUUCGCACCAUACUGAACAGCUUUUGCGCCGGCGCAAUAGCCAUACUGGAUAGGGCUUCUAUUCACACAUAAGAACGGUGAUUUCGGUUCGAUUUCUGUGACGGAGCGAAGCUGAGCCGCGCCGAGCUCUUAAGUGGAGAGUUCAAAUCUGAAAGAUGAACGUAACCUAAAUUACAAUGUUUUAUACUACUAAAUGAGAAAUUUCUGCAAUUUGAUUGGCUUAGAGCAGUGGUAUUUCAGCUUAAUUUGAAAUACCUACCUGUGAAAAUUACAAAACCUUUGUGGGUAGUAGUAUAAACAGAUAAUAGCAUAAUUUGUACUUGAUAUUUGGCAUAAAUACCACUUGUGAAAUUUCAAAAUCGUCUCAAAUUUCACUCGCCGAACGGCUCGUGAAAUUACGUAUAACAAUUUCGAAAUAUCACUCGUGGUAUUUCUGUCAAAUAUCACUACAAAUCAUGCUAUUACCUAUACAAACCCAAACCCAAACUAAUAACCAGGGCUUGCUUCCAUGUAUUUCUAAUUUUUUUUAAUUUUUUUACCGGCUAUAUACACAUUUAAGGCUGGUUUUCACUAGCGACGGAGUCGGAGUUGUAAGCGAAGUCGUAGGAGCGCUUAUGACCUGGUGAAAAAUCGGAUUCGUAAGCGGAGUCAUAAGCGCGACCGAAUCGGAGUCAGAAGAAUCGGAACGUUUCCGUUUCUUCCGACUCCUCUACGGACUCCGUCGCUUAUGUUCCGCUUAUGCUCUAGCGAACACUAGAUUGUCGGAGUCGGUAGCAGAAGCGGAAAGUUCUUUUGCUUCUGCUUGCGUCUCCGUCGACCUAAUCUUCACUAGAUUGUAAGCGUCGGAGGACUUCGUAAGCGGAAUCAAAACGCUGUUUUCACUAGAUCGUAAAGUUUUAGACUCCUUAUUACGACUCGGACUCCGACUCCGUUGCUUGUAAAAACCAGCUCAUCCCCGUUAAAUGAGUGACAGGCAUUCGUAAGGGAUGAGGAUGAAGAAACGGAUGGAAGCCUGUGACCCAAGCUAUCGGCAAUUAAGCCACUAUUGAUUUAAGAAUACGAUUUAUCUAGUGGCAUUAAACAGAUCAUUUUGUUGUAGUUGUUGUUGUCUUAAUUAUUUAUGGAAACAAGAAUUUUUUUUCUUUCUUUUUGUUGUAUGUGUAUGGAAGCCAAUGGUCUCAGCCCGUAGUGUGUCCCCCACCCCAACCAGUGUGCAUAGAUCUGUUUACCUGUAGCAAAAAGUCAAAAUCUGUUAUGGUGAAUUUCAAUGAAAUAUAUCUAUCUUGAAAAUGAAGAAAUGAUCGUCGCAGUGAACGCAUUUUUGUUUUCAGGCUUAUUUACGCAAUUGCAUAAAUUGCGUUCACUGCGACGAUCAUUUCUUCAUUUUUAUUUCAUUUCCACAGUUCCUAUAUGAUUUAUUUCAUAUAUCAUUAACACUCAUUUCUUUCACGGGAACAUAUGAACCCACAAUUGACCUGCUCCCAACGUCAGUGGCUUCAUAGCUCAGUUGGUAGAGCAUCGCACCGGUAUCGCGAGGUCAGGGGUUGAAACCCCUUUGAAGUCCUGAAUUUUUUUUCAGGCUUCUUUACGCAAAUGCAUAAAUUGGGUGCACUGCGACGAUCAUUUCUUCAUUUUCAUUUGAUUUCUGCAGUUCGUAUAUGAUUUAUUUUAUAUAUCAUUAACACUCAUUUCUUUCACGGGAACAUAUGCAGAUGAACCCACAAUUGACCUGCUCCCAACAUCAGUGGCUUCAUAGCUCAGUUGGUAGAGCAUCGCACUGGUAUCGCGAGGUCACGGGUUCAAACCCCGUUGAAGUCCUGAAUUUUUUUUUCAGGCUUCUUUACGCAAUUGCAUAAAUUGCGUUCACUGCGACGAUCAUUUCUUCAUUUUCAUUUAAUUUCCGCGGUUCAUAUAUGAUAUAUUUUAUAUAUCAUUAUAUUUAUCUUAUCACACAAUUACGUCCUCUGGUAUUGUCCACUGUCUGCAAUGGUGGGCUUAAGAUGUCUCAUUGUAGAUUAUAGUUUUUAAAAUUCCGAGGUUGAAAUUUUAGGCAAAUACCUACGAGAUUUUACAAACCCUUGUUUUCACUAAAACCGCUGGACACAAAACCUCCCCUUGGUCGAUGUUACGUUGUUACAACCCAGGAAAUUGUAGGGUUGAAAUUUUUAACAUAUGCAGCCUUAGCUAGACGACGCCUUAGACUUCCGUCCUUUUCUCGGGGGAGGAGCGCGGACUCGGAUUAGCGCGGAUGAAGUUAUAAGUGGUGGUAAGUACCUUACACGAAAACUUUGAUUUGAAACGAUCUGUUAGACACCAAUCUCGAUCUUUGGGGGAAUAAGACUCAGUCCACAAACAAGCAAGCUUCCCUACGCUGAAACGAGUGAAUCAACGGCAAGCUUAUCACAGCACUAGCAGAACGGUGGACGACGCACUUCUCUGCCCACAUAUGUCCUUCCGCAACCAUAUUUUGUAGUAUUGUCUUAACAGUUAAAAAAAUGACUAAAAUAAAAGAGAACGCGCGAGCGUGAAUUGAUCAAACCUUUUUAAUUACUAAGGAUUACAUUCCUGCCACAGUUUAAACUGUAUGUAAGAAGUGAAAGAGAAAUAGCGAAAAAUCACCACUUCUAAUCAAGUCUCUUCUUGUGGUUUAGCAUCCUGAAAUCAGUUCUCCAAACUGAGAAUGUUUUGAUCAAAGCUGUGUAAAUCGACCUGAAUUCAGUGCAUGGGAACUUACACCGUCUGGAAUCUAUAGGGGGUCUAGAAAGGCUUUGCGAAUCCCUUUUUUUUAAUCUCCAAAAUAGGUACGAUAAGAAGACUGUAAAAACUAAUAAAUGUAAAUUGGCUCUUUUGAUUGAUACUUUGAAUUUACGAGUAUCUUAGGAUCAUUGCAUUACCUUCUCGAUGUUUUUCCCGCUCAAGUUCUUUUCACUGCCCUCAUCAUCUGAACGCCUGGAACAAGCUAUUCUGGUGCUAGAGGACUCGCCUGAGGCGGCAAGAGAUAACCAUACCAAAACUCUCAGUGCCUGUCUUAUUUACGGGAGCAGAGUUCAGUGUUUGUCGCUCGCUACUGAUCUAAAGUUUAAGAUAAGAUAUACAAUAAUACGCCGUAUAAAUGAAAAGAGCUUGAGAAGUAAGUGUGUCUUCUGUCCGCUCUUGUACAUGUGCUAAUUACCAACUUCGUCCCCGGCUUUGGAUGUGGGGGAAAAGGCCCUGGGAACGAGAACGAGAACGAGAAGUCCGAAGACUACAGCAAAGCUGAUUUAAAAAAACAUGUAUUGUUUUUUAUAACAGUAUUUCGGCUGGCCAUACCAGCCUUCUUCAGGUUUACAGCUGAAGAAGGCUGGUAUGGCCAGCCGAAAUAUUGUUAUAAAAAAAACAAUACACGUUGUUUUAAAUCAGCUUUGUGUAGUCUUCGGACUUCUCGUUCUUGUUUCUUUAUAUUUUGGCUGAUUUGAUCUCUUUUCUAGAGAUCCAACGUUUACAACUAGCAGGAUCUUCGUCCACGGUUUUUGCAGUUAAUUUAAUCCUUUAUUCCUGGGAAGGAGGUUGAAUUACUUAACAGUUUCAAUUAAAUAAUCACUCACGGCUACUUCAUUGUACAGCUUGCUUUUAUAGGAGACACCACGGAACGUUCGAGUGUUUGACUUCGCAUUUGCCGCUAGAAAGUAUUCCCAACAGACACAGUGCAGAAGGGCAAAAGAAAAAAAUCCCGUAUCCCGCGCCCAAUUUUUGGUGAAUCCCGUCCCUUCAAGAUAUUUUACGCUUUCCCGAAUCCCUCUCCGUAUUCUAGUCAAACAUCAGAAACACACCUUUCCAGACCCUGAACAACAAUGUCCCCGAAAGGCACGCGUAUCAGAAUAUGCUUAUGCCCCCCUGGGCAUCCCAUAAUACUCCUUAAAUCUAAUUAAUUCAAUAUGGCCGCUGUAUCGGUAAAAAGGUCUAUUGACUGACAACAGUGGCAGUGCGGGGGAAACUGCAGGCCUGCGAACACACCCACCCUCUGACCCCCGGGAGCCCCAGGACCCCGGAUGGGUACUUCCUUUUAAGAGGCUAAUGGGGAUGUGCUGCUGAAUGGAGUCGCAUUUUCACAGCUGGACUGACUAUAAUGGGGUCGCAAAUUUCAGUUAGGAUUCUGGGGUAAGAAAGUUCUUCAUAUUUACGGUUAGCAAUCGUACCAGAAUGUCUGUACCGGGUAAAAAGUAAAGUGUUCUUCAGUCAAUUUAAAAAAUUGGUCAAUUCAUUUUAUGAUGACCUAUUUAAAGGAUUGAUAAUGUCGAUACAUAAAUAGAAAGUGACUAAGUUAAGAUCGUGAAAAUUACAUAGUUGCCCAAAAGUGACAAAGAUGGGGUCUAUAAUUGGCCUCCAAAUAGACUAUAAUGGGAGAGGCCAGCGGCACAUUACCCAGCAAAAAUUAACCCGAGUAACGCCCCCCCCCCCCCCCCACCGGGCCCAGGACUCGCACCAGUAUACGUGCAUGGCUUGUGUCUCGACCCUUUUUGCCCGACCAAACACCUUCCUGUAAAUAACGGUAACACAGAAUCAGCUUUGAAAAUCACAAUAGUAUGCGGCUUCCGACCACUGCGUAACGUUGAUCAACGUGAAACAAGCGCAAAAGUGGUUUAUGUCGUUUGUCACAAGCGCUUCCGGUGCGAACAAGACGCGAAAUUUGGAGCGAUUACCAGGUCGUCAAUUUUAAAAAUAGUCCAAUUCAACCAUGCAUCACUAGAAUAAUUUUGGCUGACCACGACAUGCUCAUUAUUGUCUGUGACCACUGGAUAUUACAAUGCUGUGACUCACGCAUGUGGACGUCAGCUGUUGGGGGUAUACAAGCACAUAAACAAAGUCAUUCAACUGCAAAACACAAUCAUUAAAGGAUGACCACUUCAUUUGUUUAAGAGAAGAAAUGUCUUUAUAAAUUAUUUCCUUUUUAUUGGCGUUUUUUCUCGUUUUUUUUUUUUUUUUUUUUUGAUCAGGCGACGGAUGGCAUGAUCGACUGGUACAGUGACGACAAGAAGCACGUGAUAAGGAAUGACGUGAUACUUGUUUUGCCGGUUGGACCAGAUAUAACAGUGCUUCUUUGCGUCUCCUAGAAAAACUGUUCACUUCAGAGCAGCAAUGGAUGUCGAGAAGUUAAAGAGAGAUUUAAAAGAGAACAACCAGGAACAUUUGCUUAAACACUGGGAAUCAUUAAGCAAAAACGAGCAGUCAAUUUUCUUCGAUGAAUUGCGAAACAUCAAAUUCGCUCAAGUUAACCGCUCUUUCGAGGCAGCCAUGAACGAAGCGAAAGGAAAUGAAAAGAAAGACGAAAUCGAGCCGGUUCCUCCAGAGCUCGUUGGUAGCGUCAUUGGAGAAGUAAACCAAAAUAAAGUCGAUAGUUGGAGAGACAAAGGUCUUCGAGUUAUAAGCGAAGGGAAAGUCGCUGUGUUGCUGCUGGCCGGUGGUCAAGGUACUCGUUUGGGAGUUUCAUUUCCUAAAGGGAUGUAUGAUGUAGGUUUGCCUUCAAGAAAAACUCUCUACCAAUUACAAGCUGAGAGAAUCUUGAAAGUUCAGGAAUUGGCCUACAAGCGCACUGGAAAGAAAGGGACAAUUCGUUGGUGAGUUGAAUGUAUAUUCCCUUAAAAAACCGGCAUUUUUAUCUGGUUAAUUCCGCUGUAGAUGUUUUGUCAUCUUUAGUCAGAAAUGUGGCGUCAGAGCUGUUGCUUUUAAUCCGUGUACGCAUGUUAGUUUUCCGGUGUUUUUUCUGUACUAUUCUUUGGUCUAAUCUAGACAGAAGCAACGAUUGCAGUUUUAUGUAAGCACUGCAUGUAUACCGCAUAGGAAUUUAACUUUUUCCCUUGUCCUGACCAUGAACCACCGGCGGGUGAAGAAAUAGCCGGUGUUGUGCAUCGUUGUCUCGUCACGACUCAAAGAGAAACAAGAAUAAUAACUCUGAAAGUUCGACAUAAUUCUUACUAAUGUUUAAGUACCCUAUAAAAUAAGUUACGAGAUAGUAAUACAUGUACGUUCACAAAGUCGCUUUGUUAUGAUUGUAUAAUGCAGGCGUGUGUGUAGUCAUAUUGGUAACGCAGUUUAUUUUUCCGGCUCUUAUCUCGUGACUUUCAAGUGUCAUACGUUAAGCUUAUAUUUACUUUAGGUCAAACUUUCAAAGUCCCCAAGGUUACUGUCUACAUUUUCCUUCUUUUUCGUACAGGUUUUUUCCUCCUCCUUGGGGUAAUUUAAUUACCAAUCAAGACAUCUGAGAUGGUGUAUUUCUGCACUGGUUAUCUUGUGCUCGCUUAGAGUAAGAUGUUAGUCUGCUUUGGUUGGGAUCCCGAAAAAAAAAAAUAUCGAUCCUUGACCAAUGUAUGGGCAGAUAACAGUCGCCAACAUCCAAACACAACGUUUUCGCCAUGUAUUAAUUUUUUUGGAAUUUCAUUUUCAUCACUUUUACCAAAAAUGGCCAACCAUUACUGAUUCUAGAAGAUCAGAUUUAUUUUCUGUGCAAUUUGCAAUGAUAAGAAACAGAGUAUGAAUCCUAAUCUACUGAUCUAUCGUUGUUCCUGAAUAUCCACAAGAAACAAACAACAUUCAGCAGGAAAAUUCUUUGUGGUCUUGCGUGGAAAUGAUUCCAAAUACAUUUAUUUUUCUUCCACAGACUCAAAGACUAGAAAUUUCUACUCUAUACAAGGGGUAAAAAAAUUGACCUUUGCUCCUGGUGGAAACUGGUUAUUGCUGUUUCUAACAAUUCAGAUAGAUUAGAAAGUUAGUAAGGAAUUUUUAGCCAGUGGUACUAAAGGUACAUUACUGCACCUUUUAAAAAUAUGCGAAUUCUGAAGUUCAAAAGCCAACUGACUUUGCAUUUUUUGCUGCCGUCAAUCAUCUAGGAAGCAGACCUUUUAGGAAACAGAACUUUACUUUAACAGGUUCAAAAGAUCAUAGAUUGUGAUUUGUGAUUGGUGGAUUUCGAUCCGUUUUUGUGUUUCAAGGUUUGUUGCUUGUGAUCGUACAGUGUAAUUAUGAUUGACGGCAGGGAAAAACAGAAUUUUGAAGGCAGCUUUUGAUCUUCAGAGUUUGGGCAUUUUUGAAAAGUGCAGUAACUGCAGUGUAGUUUACUGAAUCAGUGGUGAACUGUAUUGUAUUUUCAUGGGUGUUCCUUUUAAGUGUUAGGUAUUUGUUUACAGCCAGUGCAAGUAUCCAUUCAGAAAGAUAGAGUGGAACAUUAUUUUACUGGUAUUUAGAUAGGAUACAUGUAGAGCAAGGAAUCGGAUUAUUAUAAUGAUGGUGACUGACAAGUGUACCUCUGAAGUGGUAAAGCAAACAAGAAUAAGGUAGAUAUUGUAAGUUUAAGGUAAUAGUUAUCUUUAAGACUUUUAGAGUGUAUUGCUUACAAGGGGGUGGGGGGGGGGUGUCCCACUGGGUUACAAACCGGGUUGUAGUUCUAUUUAAAUUGAUUGUACACCACUUUAGGUACAUCAUGACCAGUGAACACACAAUGGAUGCCACCAAAACAUUUUUUGAAGAACACAAUUAUUUUGGACUGCACACAGAGGACGUUGUUUUUUUUGAGCAGCAUACCUUCCCCUGUCUAACAUUUGAUGGUAAGAUCAUUCUUGAUCAACGAAAUAAAGUUGCCAGAGCUCCUGGAGGAAACGGUGGUUUGUACGCAGCCCUGGGUCCAGAGGAGCGUGUUAACACAGAGCAGAUGAGGAAGCAAGGCAUAGAGUAUAUUCAUGUGUACUGCGUGGACAACAUCCUUGUCAAGAUGGCCGAUCCCGUGUUCAUUGGAUUUUGCAUUGAUAAGUCAGCUGAGUGCGGAGCAAAGGUUAGUGCUUCUCUCAUUUAUACAUUAUAUGAGGUUGAUAAUCUACAUGCAUGUACUUUGAAAACAUAACCUGUGGGCUCUAGGCUAACAUAAUUAUUUAUCUUGGCAUAGUGGAACCUCAAUAUAAUGAACAUCUAUACCCCUGUAUAAGGAAGUCCUCAGUUUAACAAACAAGAUAAUUCACCCCCAAAAUGGUGCAAUAUAUGGAUGUCCCCUGGGCCUCAUUAUAAAUUAUCAUGGUUCCACUGCGCAGUCUUUGAGGUGUUUAUUGUACAGUAGGGCUCCAAACUGCAACCGAUUUGGUCACCAUGGCUAAAGGAAAAAAAUAUUAGGAACUAAAAUUGUAGGGAAAGUUUCCAAUUUGGCGACCUGCUUUUAGUAGCAAUAGUGCGAGCCAUAGUGUUUUAAUUAGUUUGUGAGGUCAUGAAAUAUUGUAUGAUAUAUUUUUUGUUCUCCAUUGUCUUUUCACCCUGGCUGCCUUAGUAUUACAUGCAUGUGAGCCUUGAGAUGUCAGGCAUGCCUCCAACUUUGGUUUUGAUUUUUUAGGAGGUAUUUUGAUUAAUUGUGUUGAACACUUAAUUGUAAUAUUGUACAAAGUUUUUGUUUUCCUUUUGGCGAGCAAUAUUACAUGUACAUGUAAUCUUGUCUGGUGACCAUUCUGUAAAGUUUUAGGGUUGCCAAAAGGUGACCGUGAAAAAAUUUUAGCUUUGGGCACUGACCAAAUGCCAGAAAAUGUUGUGUUCACAAUAACAGGGGCAUGUUACAUGCACUUAUGCCAGGGUUUUUUCUAAUCAUAUUUAAUUCAUAUUUAAUUGAAACUGGGCCAAAAAAUAAUGUUAUUUAUAAUACUGGGUUGUUUGUUUGAUAGAGAUCUUUUUUACUUCAAGAUUUCACAUCCUUUGUGUUUUCCAAAUGUGCUGUAUCUAUAAGAUUAUUUUCAGUGAUUCAUCGUGACUUAGUACAUUGUAGCUAUGUUUACCACAUUCUUCUUACCCAUGCAAUCUUUUGGCUCUUUGCACAGGUUGUAGAGAAGACCCGUCCAGAUGAAAAAGUUGGAGUUGUGGUAAAGUGCAAUGGAAAGUACCAGGUUUGUAUGGGAUUUCACAAAAAUUCAGCUAUUUUGGAGCAAUCUUGUGGCGCUGCACAAUGCUGUCAAUCAUGUGAGGUUUAUUUAAUCUGAGUUUGAGUUAACACGGUUCCACUGUAUCUUAUUAGUUUUCCUUGUUGAUUAAGGAGACCUCAUAGAGUACCGAAGUGAUGACGUCAUAAAAAUGAAAUUUGUGAAAUUAUGGGAUUUGUUAAGCUAUUCUGAAAGAACAACGUCCAGGCCUACUACUAAAAAAAAAAUUAGCAAUUAAAGCAAAUUGUCUCUGAGAUAUUAGCCCAGAUAUGCUGUGACGAUUCCAUACAAAUCCUUCUAAAUUUGGCUUGGUUCAUAAGAUUAGGAACCAGGUAAGAUUUAGAAGGAUUUGUAUGGAGUCAUCGGAGCAUAACUGGGCUAAUAUCUCAGAGACAAUUUACCCCAAAUUGCUAAUUUUUGGCGAGUAGGCGUCUUAGACGUUGUUCUUUCAGAAUAGCUUAACAAAUCCCAUAAUUUCACAAAUUUCAUUUUUUAUGACGUCACACUUCGGUACUCUAUUCCUGAUUAAAGGCUAUACUGUGUGUGUACAAUUCCCAUGUAUGUACAUCUGUACUUAUUUACUGUGAAAUAGUUAAAUCGUGACAUUUGAACGUGUAUUUCGUUACCUUUCAUGUAAUUCGUUACCUGGUCAGCGGUCAUUUAUGUAAUGCUUACGUCACAAGAACAGAACCUUUUUCUGCCUCGCUCUCGUUACUUUAUGACCGCCAUGUUGUGUUAAUGUUGUCUGAAAUAUACAUGUAACUACAUUGAGUUCUCUGUCAGAUUUACUGCUUCCCCACAUUUUUGGUGCGAGACCAGGAUGGAAGAGUUACCAAACUGCUAGCGCCAAGAAGAGCUCAAGCAAAGCACAUUUAACCAAACUAAGACAGAAAAAAUCGAUGACACUGCAGAAGGAACAAUAGCCCGACAACGGAAUUGUACUACUCAAGUCUCUCGUGGAGCAGUUAAAGCAAAAGAGACAAACCCUCAAGGAACUUAACGAUAAGAUAGCAGUUUUACUGGAAACUCCUGAGGAACUCGAAGCAGAAAUACCGAUGCAGAGGAACUAGACAGCCUUUUAUCGUGGAGAGGUUUGCCUCACCGACAAUUUAAUUGAGCUCGCCAAAAGAAACCUCGACCAGUGCGUGUUGUCUCACAGUCCGGGAAUAUCAGUACUCCCACGUCAAGUUCACCGCAAAAGGGACAAACAAAUCAGCAACCCAUUCCAUCUACGCCGCAAACGGAACAAGAAAAUCAACAAUCAAUUCCCCACCUUCGACUGGAACGUCAGGUAGCGAUUUUCAAAGUAACACAGCCGCUUCAGCAGAGAAUCCCCAAUUACACCACCGAUUCUCCGAUUACACCACCGCGGUGAUACAUUUCCAAACUAAUCGUUUACCUAAACUUGUACUGCCAUCGUUUAAUAGGAACCCGCUUGAAUGGCAAUCGUUUUGGGACGCUUUUCAGUCUGCAGUACCACGAUAACUCUUGAUCAGUGAUGUCCAAAAGUUCAAUUAUUUGAGAGCACAGUUACGCAGCGGGCUGAAAGAGUCAUUGCCGGGUUGCCAUUAACCAGUGCCAAUUCGCUAAGAGCAUCCAGUUAUUGAAAGAUAGAUUCGGCUCAACCCCACAAGAUUAUCAAUGCACACAUGGAGGCACUGCUCAACCUUCCAUCACCCACUGAUCAUUUAAGUAGUUUGAGGCUUUUCUAUGACUCAGUUGAAACACACAUCAGGGACUUGAGUCACUAGGGAAGAAAACAGAAACGUAUGGAGAUAUUCUUGUUCCCAUCAUUCAGAAGAAGUUACCUAAUGGAAUUAAGAGGAAUCUAGCAAGGCAAAAUGGAAACAAGGGUGGCAGCUUGACAACUUCGUAAGGCAAUCUUGAGCCGAAAAUUGAAAUCUUAGAAGCAGGUCAGAACAGUUCUAGCGAUUAUGAACUCAGUAGCAACUCAACAACUGCUGCUACUGCUGCAUUUCUCCGCGACUUCAAAGCCACCUACACCUGUUCUCCCUCCUCCCACUGAUCGGCCCCUACCAAGCGAACAUGCCUUUUCUGUAAGGGCGAACACAGUUCAAAUGAUUGUAAUGUUGUAACAGACAAGGGAAGGAGAUACUCCAUUAUGCGUGAUGCAAGGGUAUGCUUUAACUGUCUUAAUCGUCAUUCAGUAUCUAAAUGCAAGUCACGGAACAGAUGUAAGGUGUGCCAUCAAAAGCAUCAUACCAGUCUUUGCCAAAAUGCAGAAUCAACUCCCCUAGUGUCAUCCACUGAACCGCCAACUACAAACAAGGCUCAAUGUACACCCACCACAGACAAGACUACAGCACCUUCAGUCUCAUCCUACCACAUUGGUGAUACUAGCAGACACACCCGUUCUACUGAAAACAGCCGUUGCUUCUGUUGGUAGUCACAACAACCACAUCAGUGCACACAUUUUAUUUGAUGAAGGGUCUCAACGCUCCUUCAUUACUUCAGAUGUAGCGACCAAACUUGAUCUGAAACCAGAAAUGCAAGAGACCAUAUCCCUGUCAACCUUUGGUGGGAACACAUCAUCCGUUAAACGCAUUGACACUGCCACCGUUUUUUGUUGAAACCGCUCAAGAGGAGAACAUUCCCAUUCGGCGUGAUCAUUGUACCAACAAUAGCUGCCCCCCUCACUACUUACACUGGUGCCAAUGUAGGGAACUACCACACUAAAAGGACUGUCAUUAGCACAAAACGUUGAUGAUUCACCUUUCACAGUUGAUAUUCUAAUCGGUGCAGAUCAUUAUUGGGACAUAGUGGAAAACGAAGUUGUCAAGGGUCCAGGUCCCACAGCAGCCAAAUCAAAGAUAGGAUACCUCCUUUAGGGCCCCCUCUCCAACAGUAACCAUUCAGAGAACCUAAACACGUCUAUUUUAAAUGUUGUGACUGAGCAUCAUCAAGAACAAUUUGAUUUGGAACGUUUCUGGCGGAUUGAAUCAGUUGGUGUUCAGCCAAGCUCAUCAGAAGAAAACGGUUGACUUUCUGAAGUACUAUCAAAACUCGUCUAUCAUGUUGGAGGAUGGCGGUACAGUGCAAAAGCUACCCUGGCGACCAGAACAUCCCCCUCUACCAUCAAAUGCAGAAAUCACUAAGCAGAGAACCCGCUCCAUGGUCAGAAAACUAGCUGAAGAUCCUAAUAAAUUACGCAUGUACAAUGACAUCAUCCAAGAACAACAAUCUCGCGAUUUUAUCGAAAGAGUGGACAAUCCAGAAACAACCAACGGGUGUGUCCAUUACAUACCUCAUCACGCUGUUCUCAAGGACUCUACCACAACUCCUCUCGCAUUGUGUCUGACUGCAGCUUCAAGCGGUGAACAACCCAGCUUGAAUGAUUGCUUACAGCCAGGUCCUCCACUUCUCAAUGAUCUUACUGGUAUGCUUCUACGCUUCCGUCUCCACCAGUAUGCUAUAACUGCAGACAUUGAAAAGGCAUUUUUACAUGUAAACCUAGACCAAGCUGAUCCCAGAUGCCACGCUUCUACUGGCUAUCUAACACGGAUGACCGGAGAGUGAAUUCAUUGUCUACCGAUUCAAGUCUGUCAUGUUUGGUGCCACAAGUUCCCCUUUCAUCUUAAAUACCACUCUCAAUAAGCACCUCACACAGUCUACAGACCAAGUCAGCAUGGAUAUGUUAAGGAAUCUGUAUGUGGAUGAUCUAGCCUACGAACAAGCGAUGAUGAUUCAGCAGUCAACUAUUACCAAGAUGCCAGGAACAAAAUGUCACGGUGGGCUUCAAUCUCAGGUCAUGGGUUCAAACAGUCCCUGGUGUUCAACAUAUUGCAGCCAAAAUCAAAUCCUCGACACUAGUCCAACUAAAAAAGUACUUGGCAUGGUAUGGGACACAAACUUCAGACACGCUCGAUUCUCAUGUAAACAGGCAACCUCUACCCCCGUUGUCAACCAAGAGAGGUGUUACAAGAAACAGCAAAAAGUCUUUGAUCCACUCAAACACUUCAACCAGUCACCGUUGCGCUAAGAUUCUAAUACAAGAACUGUGGAAGGAAGGAUUGAUUGGGACGAGCCCCUUCCACCUUCUCUUGAUCAAAAAUGGCGUGCUGUAGCAAAGGAGAUUGGAGAUGCAACCAAACUUGAGUUCCCACGCCGCUACUUCUCUUCUAAUGUCUCUGUCGAUAGCAGCGAUACAGAACUACAUGUUUCGCUGAUGCAAGCCAGAAAGCCUAUGGAGCUGCUGCUUACUUAGUAAACGGAAGCCAGUCAUCGUUAGGCUAUGGCGAAAGUCGCGUGUUGCUCCGACAAAGGAAGAAACUCACCCUUCCAGAAUUGGAACUUAUGGCAACUCUAACAGCCAUACGUUUAGCUUCAUAUCUUUCAAGAACAACUGCCAGUUACAAGAGUCACAUUGUGGUCUGACAGCCAAAUUGUUCUCCACUGGCUCAAAAAGCACCAAGUUGUUGAAGCCAUUCGUCAACACUAGCAUCAAAGUAAAAAAGACAUCAACUUCAAACUGGAAGUACUGCCUACAACUGAAAAAACCUCCGAUCUUCUCACAAGAGGAUAACAGCACAUCAACUAGAGAUUUCCUUGCUGUGGAAACAUGGUCCCACAUGGUUACCAAACAGAUCCCAGUGGCCUUCAUGGCCUCGACGAAGAGUUCUUCACUUAUCAGCAACUGAAACCUCUCCUGGUGGGUCUACCACAGGCGGCACAGUCCACUUCAACAGCAAGGCCUUCAUCCGCCUGAUCAAUCCAUGGUUUCAACAGUUUACCAAAGCUUCUCGUGUUACAUAGCCUAUGUUUUCAGAUUUGUAAAACUUCUCCAGAAGAAACUUAGUCAACAAGGCCCAAUUACAGCCAUGGAAUAUGAUCAUGCCAUGACAGAAUGGGUGAAGAAUCGUCAAUCUGUUGUCUUUCAUGCAGUUAACAACCUCCUCUCUGAAGUCGCGACACCGUACAACUUUGUUAAAUCAACGUAGCCUUUCCUUGAUGGUGGUCUUCUACGCUGUGGUGGAAGGAUACCUGGCACCACCCUUAAGUGGCAACACCCAAGUUUCCUCUGCUACUUCCAAGCAAAGACCAUUUCACAGAUCUUGUAAUUCACUCCACCCAUGUCAAACAGCUUCAUGCAGGUGUCAACUCAACACUCCACGCCCUCGUCAAACUUAUUGGGUUCCUUCUGGCGACAACCAGCGUCAAAACUUUAAUUGACAAAUCGUAACCUGCAGAAAGGUCUCAGGAACAGCCUACAAUGCACCAGACCCACCACCCCUUCCCAAGUCAAGAAUACAACAAACACAACCCUUUGAAGUCACUGGGGUGGACUACACGGAGCUCUGUAUGUUCAAAUGCUGGAAUCGAAACAAAGGUCUACAUAUGUCUGUUUUACUUGUGCAACAACCAGGGCUAUUCAUCUUGAAGUUGUCGAAGACUUGACCGUUAAACCUUCUUACUAGCCUUUCGUAGAUUUGCAAGUCGGAAAUCUCUUCCAAGAAACUAAUAUCUGACAAUGCCUCAACAUUUGUAUCAGCGAACAAUGAACUAAAGGAAUUGUUUUCAAUCUCGUGCGCCUCAAGGAAACACUAGCAAGGGAAGGCAUUGAAUGGCUAUUCAUCCCAAGAAGGCGCCUUUGGUACGGGCGGGUUUUGGGAACGCCUCAUCGGUCUCACCAAAUCCACCAUCAAGAAGGUACUGCAGAGCUGCAGUCAACCUGUGCACUCUUCAGACAAUUGUUGUUGAAGUAGAGGCAAUUCUAAACGAUCGUCCCCUAACCUCGUUUCCUCAGACAUUAAGGAUGAGGAAGCAUUAACCCUGCACAUCUACUUUAUGGCCGACUUAAUUACGUCAUUACCACAUCCACCAGUAGAAAGUGACGGGGUGAGUGAUCCCACCUACCAAACAAGUACAGAUUUACUAAGAAGGGCAAAACGUGUCACCCACUGAUCCAACACUUUUUGGCAACGAUGGCGCCAUGAGUACCUUACCUCCCCUCGAGAGUUCCACAAAGGUUCAGGAAUCAACACAGAAUCCGUGAAGGCUGGUGAUGUAGUUCUAAUCCAUGAUGAUAGCCCUAGAGUAAACUUGAAACUAGCACUUGUCACAUCCAUUAACAGAGGUCGCGAUGGACUUGUCGUUCCAUAAAAUUUACGCACCGCCAAUGGAACAACAAACCGUCCCAUAACAAGAUUACACCCUCUAGAAGUUCCGCCAAGGAAGCACAGUGUUGCACAGAGGAUCAAGCAACCCGCAGUAGAAACUCCAACCCCUGUGAGGAGACCACAAAGAGAUGCAGCACGGCGAGCAAUAAGGAGAAUUGCAGAUUGGGCCAAGGGACAUUCGCCCCUCUCCCCGGAGGAUGUGAAAUAGUUAAAUCGUGACAUUUGAACGUGUAUUUCGUUACCUUUCAUGUAAUUCGUUACCUGGUCAGCGGUCAUUUAUGUAAUGCUUACGUCACAAGAACAGAACCUUUUUCUGCCUCGCUCUCGUUACUUUAUGACCGCCAUGUUGUGUUAAUGUUGUCUGAAAUAUACAUGUAACUACAUUGAGUUCUCUGUCGUAUUUACUGCUUCCCCACAUUUACUGGGGCUUUGUUGAGGCUGUAAUAAUUAUGUCUAUUUUGGUCAAUUGGUAAGAGGUUGUGAGUCACACUUAAGGACCUUCUUAACUUCAACUACUUGUAUGAGCAACAUGCAAAGAAUGUGGUGUUCAAUAGCCCAGGCUGCUGGAUUUUGUUAUCAGACUAGUGAAUUCUGUUCUUAACUUGCCUGAAGGGUACAUGUAAGUGAAGUGUUUUGGGGAAUUUAAAUUACAGAAGGACUGUAAUUUUUUGGAGCUAGUGCAUGCAAGCUACAGCUUUCUUAAUUUGCACCUUGAUGUGACCUCUUUUUAAGAGACUAUCUCAAAAUACUACCUACAUGUACGUUUCUUUUGGUUUCCUAGCGAUGUCAGUAGGUGAUGAACAUUGAGUAACUGGGUAUUUCCUCCUCAGGUUGUUGAGUACAGUGAGAUAUCAGAAGAGCACUCGAAGAUGAAAGACCCACUAGCCAGUGACAAACUCUUGUUUCGAGAAGGAAACAUUUGUAAUCAUUUCUUCACCAUGGAAUUUUUGGAUAGAGUUGUAAAGUGAGUAUUUCUUGAGAUUAGUUUAACAUACGUGUAAUGGCCAAAUCCUUCUGUAGUUCCAUUUGUAAGUGAUGGCUUAAAAUAACACAUAGUAACAUUUAUUCGUGCAUGUAAGUAAUGUAAUAAAAUGGUUGAGUGUGGUAGUUUGUAAAUAACUCUAACAGUGUCAUUUGCUAAUACUACAGUGUGCUAAAAAUUGUUAUUUAAUUAUUUUUUAAAUACAAUAUCAUUAAUUACACAUGUACACUGUAUCAUUAAGCCAUCUUGUUAUUGUGACAACCACCUCAAUUUGUCCUAGCAGAUUGGCUAUACAUGUACAUUUACCUGUAAAAAAAACCCUGUCUAUGUGACUACCCCUUAAAUGCAACCAAUCGCCUCAGGUGUAUAUUUAUUCACUUCAUAAAUGCAACCAGUCAGAGUAAAAAAAUAAAAGUUAUGGGCAUUUCAACACAGACAAGUGACAAACUAAAAAUUUGUUUGAAAUAAAGUAUCUUCUGUUUACAAUGUAACGAAAAGUGUCUGGGAAAUCUCAUCAUUGGCCCGCCACAUCUUAAGGUAACUUAAAAGCAAUCAGCAAUGUAAUGUGGCCCUAUGCCACUAAUGCAGCCACCCCUACAACGACUAUAACUUUGGCUUGUUCUAUUUUUAGAGAGUAUGAAACAUCAAUGAAAUACCAUAUUGCCAAAAAGAAGAUACCUUUUGUUGAUGAUAGUGGGAAAAGGUAAAUGUAAUUGUACUUUGAUGUUGUUGGAUUGAUGACUUUAUUUUUUUUUAGUUUUUGCACAUCAGUGGUAAGUGAAUUUUAGUUAAAACGCAUUGUCAUUUAUUAAUAGUUUACAUUAGAGUGAUCCGGAACAAUCUCACUGGAUGUUGAAAGUGUUGAAAUGGAUCAAGUGGGCAUUGAAACAGAAAAAAAAGUACAUGCAUGUUAACCAUUUAAUUUUUUGUAGGAUCAAACCUGACGAACCCAGUGGAAUAAAGCUGGAAAAAUUUGUCUUUGAUGUGUUUGAAUUCACAGAGUAAGUGAAGUACCUACAUGUACCAUAUAGUUAAACUUAGAGAUGGAUGGUCAACAGUGCACUGAACACUUCCUUUAUUAAGUUUCACUUAAAUUAAUCUGUACCUUUGUGAUAACACCAGCUGAGAGUGCUUUUCAGAGCUUUCUCUUUUUAGCAACAUAAGUUACACCACAUAAUAAUACAUGUAUGUCCAACAAGUAUUAGAAAUUUGUUAUUAAACAAAGAGCCUUCCAAAUAUUUAUAUACAUGACUGUACAUGUGUAUGCACCAGUAGUUACUGUACACAGCUGUACUUUCAAAAGAAAAAGGUUGCAUCCGAAGUUCUUUCCAAAGUAGUGCCUCACUGAAAAAAGUAAAAACACUGUUCAUGAAAAAAUAAUGAUAGAUUUUUUCUGAGAGUAGAAGUUACAAGUGUAAUGUGAAGAGUUUGUUUGUUUUUUUGUUUGCAUCAGACCAGCUAAUUUCUAAUGUUUGUACCUUUAAUUCUUUGCAUGUGCACAGGUUUCUGCAAUUAUUUAUGUCAGCUUAUAUAACUACAUCAAAAAUUCAUUAGUGUGAAACUUUGGAGAUUACAUGUACAAUCCCAAAUGUCAAGCCUGUCUUGUUGAUGACAUUUGCAUCCACGUAAGCAUGUACAAACUACAGUCUUAUUAUGUUUGCUGUUUAUUUGAUCGUAGAAAACUUGCAGUGUUGGAAGUUGCUCGGGAUGAGGAGUUUUCUCCCCUGAAGAAUGCCAAGGGCUCACCCUCUGACAGCCCAGAGACAGCCCAGCAGGAUUUGUUCAGUUUACACUACAAUUACAUAGUCAAGGCUGGUGGAAAAUUCAUUGACAGAAAUGGGUAUGUUGAUUCUGUACUGGCUCAUUAGUUUAUGUGACGUCAGUCAUAAUUGUUCAAAGUUUGAGUGCAAAGUCACCUUAUAAAGAAAUGCCAAACAAGGGAAACAGGGCAUGAUAUAAUUACAUUUACAUGUAUGUUUGGGUUUGCUGCAUUUUUUAUUAGACGCAACUCUUACUGCAUGUAGUAAACGUGUUUGUGUAACAGGCACCUUUACUGGCACACUCAAUCAACACAUGAUGAAUCAAACUCAUCCUAACAUAAAAGUGUUUGUAGCACAUGGUGUAAGUCAAGAUCAAGGAUACUUACCAUUUACACCAAUCACCUGGGUGGAAAUUCUGUGCAUAAACAAAAAACUAUAGUGGUGGUGGGAGGAUGACCCGCUACAAACUAUAUCCAAAUCAGCUGAGCAGACUACAAGGGUAAAAAAAUUACAUCAUGGCCAACCACAGUCCAUAUUUUCUGAAGCUUCCCACCUGCUCAGCCACAACUUGUCUGUCAUGUUUCCUAAAACUGGUUAUUCUACCUUCCUUUUCAGGCUCAAAAUUGUGGUGUGCGAGAUUUCUCCUCUUCUCUCAUAUGCUGGAGAGGUAGGCUAUUACUAGUCAAAUACCUACAAAUAAGCAUAACGCCAUAAAAUUAAUGCAGAGAAGAUCACCACAGUUAAAUACACAACUUAUGCAGUAGCGAAAAGAAAGCCUUAAAAAAAUGCAGGUAUUGAACUGUGAUGAUUUUCUUUGGAUUUAUUUCUUCAUCCAGCAGUUCAGUAUAUGAAAUUUAUAUGUUUAACAUUUCAAGCAGAAUACUGUAAUAAACACUGGUAAAUGGUUGGGGCGCCCAGUAGCCUUCAUAUGUUACAAGUAAUCUGCAGUGCAAAGUUUAGAAGCUCACCUUCAUAUUUCUACCUCAUGACCUUCUUUUUUGCUCUAACUAAGUGACUUUGUCUGUAAUCAGGGUCUGGAAGAUGAAGUGAAAGGCAGGCAGUUCUCAGCAGUAGAAGGAGUUUACCUUGAGGCUGAAGAGGAAGACAAGAUAGAAGAACCAGUUUGUAAGAAGAGCAAAACGUUUUAGACUUGAACAAACAAAAUGUUCGGAAGUCAUGUCCACUAUAUCUAGCAAAGUAAUGAAUACUUCAGGAGAACUUUGCUUACUACCUGUAAGAACUCUAUAAUACUUAAAACAUCAAGUUUAAUUAAUAUUAAUGAUGAUCCACUUGAGAAACAAAGUAAGUUAAGUUAAAAAGAAGUGAUAAAACUUUCAAGUGUUUUUACAGUUAAAUUUAGGUUAAUAUAUAGGUAAUGGCAAUAAUUUAUCUUGUUGUAGCUGAGUAGAGGCUAUUGCUUGUUAGCCAGUGGUUUGUGUUGUAUUUGAUUAGGGUUUUCGUUUACUGGCAGUAUUUUCCUGGAAUUUUAUAAUUUUCUUUCAGGACUAUGAUCAGGGCCGCAUUAAGACCCAGCGCCCCGGGUUUUCCCCUGGCUACUUUCGUUGGAAAAUAGACGAAAAAAAGAACCAAAAGAAAUCCCCAGCUGUCUGAUUUCCGCCUACUCGUUGUAUUUACCAGCAACUUGAAAUCUUAGUGACAACCCGGAUGAUGAUUGUAUUAUGAUUUGUAAAUAGAAAUUGAAACACAUACUGUAGCUAUGUAUCCUGGCCAAUCCAUCAUUAUCGCAAGAAUAGAGUGGUUAGGUCCUAUAACAAAUCAACUUAGUUUAAACAAUAAAAGUUGUAAUUAGCGUAUUUAUUUUCAAGAAAAAAAUUGUGAAUUGUGGUUGUAUAGGAAUCACCAGUCAAGCUGUGGUCAUUUCAUAAUAAUACAUUGCACAAAAAUAGGUUUGAAAUUCAACAGGCAACUGCAAAAUUUUAUUUAACAAUGAAACUAAAGAGGCUUUGGCAAUCUCUGUUGACAAUGAAUGAAAGUUGUUUUGUGCAUUUUUAAGAAAGCAAAGGAAAGAAAAUUUGUACCGGCAGAGAAAACGAGCACUCGCAGUUUUCUCGAGAGCUGUUUAUAUUUGUAAGAAAAAGAUUAAUAUGAUACAGAUGAAAAGGAAUGUUGAAGGUAAUUUAUUGCUGGAGCGUUUUGUUGCAAUGAAAAGCAGUCAGACCUGGAUGAGAAAACUUAAGCCUUGUUAAUUUAUUUACCCAUCCUUUGAAUGAGAGAUUAGUUAUAGUCUGUAGAUAUCUUGAGCAAUGUGAGAUUGUAGAACGUGUUAAAUAGAUAUUUCAGCAUAAGUCAUGGUAGUAUCGUUCUUGUGAUAAGAGUCAAGUCUUUGCUUGCAAAUUUCAAAGAUACUAUUUUAUUGCGUGUGUUGUGCAAUUUUCUGCAAGCCGAAUGGUGUGUCAGUUGACAAGCAAAUCAUCAUGAAAUCGUUUGAUAUUUUAUUUAUUUUUGCGAGGUC